AUGGAGAACUCUCCACGAAAGUCAACUAUCAACCAGGAUAUCAUCAAUCGAACGAGGAAAAGGUUUAAACGGCGGCGACAUCCAAAUGAUAGUGAGCAGGAGAUCGUUGAUCAAGAAGCAGAUUUCAUUGAGGGAACAGGCGCACCGUCCUUCGCAAACAUGGUGAAAGGGGUUAACAAAUCUAAAGCAGGAGAUUGGGAGGAUUGGGCAAAUGUAGAUCCAACAAAUGUUAUGUCUUUUGGUGAUGCAGAUUCCGAUACAGAAACCAUGGGUGAAGGGGAUGACGAUUGCAUCACGUUUUCCAAAGAGGAGAAGGAGGCUAUGCGUAAGCCAUGGAGAAAUGCCCUUAUAGUGAAGUUGUUAGGGAAGGUUUUGGGGUUUUCUGCUUUGACAUCCAGAAUUAAUCAGUUGUGGAAAUUGGAAGGAGAUUACAAAGUCACAGACUUGGAGCAUGAUUAUUUUAUCAUCCGUUUCCAAAAGAAAGUUGAUUAUGAGCAUGUUUUGGAAGGAGGGCCAUGGAUCAUAGGCGGUCAUUACUUGACUGUUCGUCAAUGGCGACCCAAUUUUAUGCCUAGCUCAGACAAAAUCGAGAAGCUUAUUAUUUGGAUCAGAUUUCCCAAUAUACCCGUGGAAUAUUUUAACAUGAUUGCGUUAAAGAAAAUGGGGGGAAAAGUUGGUCGAGUGAUUAAAAUUGACCAGGUAACUGAUGAAGGCACGAGAGGAAAAUUUGCUCGGGUAUGUGUGGAAUUGGACCUUUCUAAGCCAUUGAAGCCGAGGUUGACGGUGGAGGGUCGGGAUGUUCUUAUCGAAUAUGAAGGUUUGUCACUUAUCUGUUUUGACUGUGGCAUUUUCGGUCAUCGGAAAAGUGAUUGUCCUCUGCAAAAGCCGAGUAGUUCUGAGAAGGAGGGAGAGCCGCAACCUUCUAUGGUGCCAGAAACGCAGGAGGAACCGAAAGAUCAAACCUACGGGCCAUGGAUGAUGGUACAGCGGCGGAAGAGGAAUCCAGGAAAACCGGGAGCAGCGCAAGGCGUGAUUCAUGGAGGCAAAUCUGUCAUCCGUGAUUUUAGGAAUGGAUUUGAUUAUCAUAAAGGAGUUACCGCAGAUAAUUUGAAUGUGAAGAAAUCUGCUAACUUUAAGGGAGUUAUGGAGAAAAAUAAGGGAGACGCGCCUGUUAUUCCAAGUGCUGCAAAGCCAAUUUAUAAGGGGAAAAAGGUUGCUAAGGAUGUGGCUCAAAUGGGGGCGAAACCCAAUUUUAAUUUGGGUCAGAGUGUGUUUAAUUUACAAGACAAAGGCUUUGUUUUCAGUGCUGAGGCUUCUUCAUCUGGGCCUAAGGUUGGACCUAGCAAACCAAAAGCUCAUACAAAGCCAAUUCACUUGGUAAAUAAUGCUCAACAGAAGGGGCGUUGUUAUGUGGUGAAAGGGACGAUGGCAGAGAACUCGGCUGGCAAAGAAAAAUUGAGAUUUGCUUCUGGGAUGGAUAAGGAGCAGUAUUUGCAACCUACAGACUUGGGUAGUCGGGAUACUCGUGACACCAGUAGUCCAAGUCCAACCCUUUCCGACCCAGGAAUAGUUGCUCGCCAAAGUAGUGAGAUUUCCUCAUCUAUAGAGGUUCAGUGCGAUGGAUCUAAUUCAGAUAAGCCUGUUAUGGUUAAUGGAAUUGGGGUUACAGAUGUCUCCAUGCAAGAUGAUGCUGAAGGCAUGGCAGGGGGGAUUGCUUUGGUUUGGAACUCAAAUUCUUGUCAGUUGGAUAUAAUUGGUUCUACUACUCAAUGUAUCCAUGUUAGUUGUGAUAUGAACAAGGUGAGUCAAGUUGUCUCCUUUGUGUAUGUUCGCCCAACUUGUCAAUGGAAGGAUCAAUUUUGGGCAGAGAUGAUAGAAUUCUCACAAUCUAUCUCAUCUCCAUGGAAUGUAGUUGGAGAUUUUAAUGACUUUGCGGCCUUUGAUGAGAGAUGGAGUAUUCAAACUGGUAGUGGGGAUUCUUUUAAUAAGAUUACGAAAUUCAGAGAGCGUUGGGAGACAUGUAAUUUAAUAGAUGCUGGUACUUCGGGAUGCCGUUUUACGUGGAUUAGAAGAGUUGGGGGUCGAGUGGUUCUUCAAGAAAAGUUGGAUAGAUUGCUUUGGAAUGCCGUAGCUCUCACUUGUAAUUCGAAUGCCAAGGUUUUAGUUCUCCCUUGUCUUUGCUCGGACCAUCAUCCGUUGUUUGUUGAUUUUCUUGGCACACAUCAUAAGUCCAAGAAUAGGCCUAUCCGUUUUGAGGCGGCCUGGCUGGUUCAUUCAGAGUUUGAUGAUAUGUUUUCUUUAGCUUGGGAGAAAGGUGAGGGUUCCUUACCGAAAGCAAUUGAUGAAGUGGUGAAGGCAGUUACUGUUUGGAAAUCUGAAGUGUUUGGGAAUAUUCAUAAAAAGAAACGAUUGUUGCUUGCAAGAAUUCGUGGUAUUCAAUGUUGUAAUGAGUAUGGUAUUUCGGAUUUCCUACAAAAGCUUGAAGUUCAAUUACGUGGUGAGUAUCAACAAAUUCUCUUGCAGGAAGAACUGUUGUGGUUUCAAAAGUCUAGGUUGAAUUGGGUGCAGCAGGGUGAACGAAACACAAAGUUUUUUCAUUUAACCACUAUGGUUAGACGGCACCGUAAUUUGAUCUCAGCUUUAAAGAUAGAUGAGAAUCGGGUUACAAGUCCUGAUUUAUUGUGUCGGCAUGUUCUCGAUUUUUUCUCCUCUUUAUUUGGACGCCAACCUAGCUUAAACUUGAUGGCUGUUUAUGAUUCCUUCUGUUUGAAAAUUUCGAGUGAUGAGAAACAGGCUUUGCUUUCUCCACUACGGAUUGAGGAGAAACAAUGGGAGACAGUGAAAGAGACAGUGUUCAAUUUUGUUGCUAUGGCCUUUGCUAAUCAACGGGUUGAUUUAAAUGUUUUGCAUGCUCACAUGGUUCUUAUACCGAAGGGAAAUUGCCCUACGACGGUAAAAGAUUUUCGUCCUAUUACUUUAUUGAAUACUUCAUAUAAGAUUUUAUCUAAAGUAAUAGUUAAUAGGUUGAGGCCUAUUCUGCAGCGUAUCAUUAGACCCUUUCGAAACAGUUUUCUUGCAGGUAGAAGUACAACAGAUAAUAUCUUGAUUACACAAGAGAUUGUCCAUUCUCUUAUGGGUCGCAAAGGUAGUAAAGGGGCUGUGAUUGCAAAGAUUGAUCUUCAAAAGGCAUAUGAUAAUGUUUCCUGGAGCUUUCUCCGCGAGGUUUUGGUUUUCUAUGAUUUCCCUGCUGGUUUGAUUAAUUUGAUAAUGUAUUGUGUUUCAAAUAUUGAUUUGGCCAUAAUCUGGAAUGGGGAGGUGUUGCCAGCGUUUCAUCCUCAACAAGGUUUACGCCAAGGAGACCCAUUAUCGCCAUACUUGUUUAUUUUGGUGAUGGAGCGGUUAUCUCAUAUGAUUUUAGAGAGAGUGGAGCAUAAAGUGUGGCAUCCAGUGAAGGCAUCAAGGUCUGGCCCCAUGGUGUCGCAUUUGUUCUUUGCGGAUGACUUGAUGUUAUUUGCUGAGGCUUCCGAAGAUCAGGUUAAUGUAAUUACCGAUGUCCUUGAUGAAUUUGCAAAGGCCUCGGGUUUACGAGUUAGCUUGGAGAAGUCUAAACUGUGGUUUUCGCCUAAUGUUCACCAACAAAAAGCAACUGUUUUAAGCAGGUUGUGUGGAAUUCCGUUGGCUCAAGAGCUUGGGACUUAUCUUGGAGUUCCUAUCAUCCAUGGUAAGGUUUCUAAAGCCACCUACCAACAUGUCGUUGAUAAGGUCCUUCGGAGAUUGGCCAAUUGGAAAGGUAAGGUUUUGAGUUAUGCAGGGAGGAGAACUCUCAUCCAAUCCACCUUAAGCUCUAUUCCUAUUUAUACUAUGCAAACGGCAUUGUUGCCUGCGUCUACUGCUGAGCGUCUGGAUCAAUUAAAUAGGAAUUUUUUAUGGGGUGGGGAUGUGGAUAACUCUAGGGGACAUCUUGUGAAUUGGGAUCGUGUUUGUCGACCUAAAGGGAAUGGAGGCUUAGGCCUUCGUAAGGCAAGGAUUUCGAAUGUUGCUUUGUUGUCUAAGUUUCUUGAUGUGGAAACUUGGGGAAGGGCUUCCUCUACUUGGCGGGGUCUGUUGAGAACAAAAGAUUGUGUGCAGAGAGGUUCUCGAUGGUUAAUAGGUGAUGGCAAGUCUAUUAGCUUGUGGUACGAUUGGUGGGUUGGUGAUGGCCCUUUAAUUAAGGAGGUUCCACCUAGUACACAGGUUCCAUCGUUAUCUUGCAAGGUUGCCUCGAUCUUACAAGAUGAUGGUUCAUGUAAAUGUGAUGAUCUGAGUAGUCUUCUUUCGGGGUCAAAAAUUGCAGAAAUCCAAGCUACGCCGACUCCAAUACAGGCAAAAAAGGCAGAUCAAUGUAUUUGGGGAUGGGACAAACAUGGUCAAUUCACAGCUGCUUCAGCUUAUAAAGGCCUUGCGAACCAUUUUGUUGCGGACUAUUGGUCGGGGAAGUGUCUUUGGAUUUGGAAACUAGAGGUACAAGAAAGGUUACGGUUCUUUCUUUGGUUGGCUUUCUUUAAUUGCUUAAAUUCAAAGGAGGUUUUAUUCCGUAAAGGAGUAGUUGAUAAUAAGACAUGUUCUUUAUGUGAGAUUGGGGAGGAGACUUUAGAUCAUAUACUUCGAUAUUGUCCUUUUGUUGAUGGCUUAUGGAGUUGUGUCUACCGACGUUUUGGAGUGCAUGUGACUUUUGAUGCUUCCUUGCCGGAUUGGUUGUAUCAAAAUGCAACUUCUAAUCAUAAGGUACGAUCGAAAUCUUGUUUGGGGUUCAUUAUUUACAUCUAUCUUAUGGAGUGUUUGGAAGCUCGCAAUAGACUUUUGUUUGAUGGUCACCGCCCAUGUGUGGAGUCAAUCUUAAAUUAUGCUGUUAAAUUGGCCGUCGAGUGUGCUGCGGCUAAUGGUUCUCUAGCGCCUACACCAUCAAAUGCUGGCCGCAUGAUUGUUUGGCGUACCCCACCAGAUGGUGUUCUUUUGCUUAAUACUGAUGGCUCUAGUCGGUUAGUUGAUGGACAUGCUUCAGCUGGCGGAUUGAUUAAGGACUCAAAUGGAUUGUGGGUAGCAGGGUUUCUGUUGAACAUUGGUAUUACAGGAAGUCUAGAAGCAGAAUUAUGGGGUAUUAGACAAGGUGACUGGAUUGUUGACAUUCGACAUAUCUGCCGAGAAAGUAAUCGCUGUGCUAAUCGACUUGCAGACUUGGCGCACACUUCGGCUCAGGGAGUUAGUUUUUAUGAAGACCCUCCGCUCCAAAUUCAGCAUCUUUUGAAUGAGGAUCGUGAGGGAAUAGGUGUUUUGCGUUCUUAA